UCAGGUUCUUGUCGAUCAAUAACAGGUGUACAACACGAGGCACCAACGAGUAAGUCUAUGUUAUAAUGGCAGGUUUUCUACUACGAAGCUUGCAAGAGCUGGAAACAUCAAUGGGUGAACCAACUGCAAAGUGGAUUGUACCUUUGAGUGACGGUAAUCAUGUGAUUGAAUUUGAUCAUGGCACAGCAACUGGACGUCGAGUUGUCAAAAUUGAUGGAAAAAUAAUUGUACACAGAGAAUGGAUGUUUCGACUUGUUGGUGAUGAAAUAGUAAUGCUUGAUGAUACUAAAUUUAUUAUACGUGUCGAUCCAAUACCAGAUAUAACUUUUGGUAUUAUGAUAGGCUUCAAGUAUUCUUACACACUCUUUGUCAAUGGAAAAAGUUUUCAAAAUUUUAUUCAAUCACAAUCUAAAAUAUUGGAAUCAUGGGUAACGGUUAUUGAAGAAAACAAAUAUAGAAUUGUUUUAGAUAAAACAACUCAAGAAGUUUGGAUUAACGGUGAACAAAUUGAAGUUCAAAAUGAAUUCAUCGAUGGUGGAGCUGAAAUAUUAUUUGUCGUUGAUAAUCAACCAGCUGUAAUAAGAUGUUGCAACUCGGAAUCAAAAAUAGAAGGAAUUAAAUAUACACUCUACAUCGAUGAAGAAGAAGUUACUGAUCAAGGAUUGCUAUCACCAGCAGUCUUGGAUGCAUAAAUAAUUUAAUCAUGCAUUAAUUCAAUCACAAACAAUAGAUGAUUUUUAUAAUAAUACUAUUAAUCACUGUGUUUGUUAAAAAUCAAUGUUAAAAAAAAAUAUUUAUCUUUUAC